AAACAAACAAAAAGUACGGCAGGUGUCAAAACGACUCUGAAAAAAUGAUCGAUCAAUCUGAUUUAAUUGCACAAAAGUAUUGUCAAUAAGAAAUCCGAAUGUCUUCGAACUCAAAAAAGUCUCCUCGCUCCGAAAAUCUAAUAUCAACCGAAGAUGAUACCUUCAGCUCUUCUAUAAGUCUCAGCAUAGGUGAGAAUUCAGUUAGAAUAAAAGAGAAACCCAAAGUGGACAAAGAAAUCGAGCCAAAUGGGAGAACUAAAAAGGAUAAAUGGUGGCUAAAGAAGCCAGAAACCAGGCUCGAAAUAUCCAACGUUCCGAUGGAAGGGAAGAUGAAACAAUCUCCGUCUCCGUCACCGGACGUUAGUUCUUCGAUGAAAGAAUUUCUUGAAAAGGAGAAAAUGUGCAAAGCCAUGCAUAAAAAUGAAAUCGAAAUCAAAGACAAAGACGACACCUUGUGCGACAUUUUGGCUUCCGCAGCAUUCGAUAAAUAUCCCUCUGAUUUUGAAAAUGCGACUGACGACGACAUAGGAAGUAUCUUAGAAGAAAUGAGCAAGAUCGCUGGUGCUCUCAGUCCAAGUUCAGCUCCGGAUCGUACAAAAUCUAGGAACUCGACUAAAAAUCCAACGGAAGAAGAGAAAUCGGUGGAAGAGCUGUUGGAGGAAGCGGAGAAACUUGUUAGAAAGAAUAGCAGUAGUUUGUCCAAGAGCGGAUCAAAAUCUGACACUUUAGUACCUGAGAAUAUUCCAGACGACGUAGAAAAUCUCGACAGAGUUAGGCAAUUAGAAGCGGAUAUCUUUCAAUUGAUAGAAGAGGAAGUGCACAAGGAAACGGAGAAGAUCAAAAAGAGCCCAAAGAAUGAAAAGAAACGGAACAACAGUCCCGGAUUUGAGGUUAUAUAUGAAAACGUAAAUAGCUUGAAAGCACCGAAAACAUUGGAGCUUCAACGAAGAAAGUUCGAAGAACAGAAAGUGGAGGUAUCGAGCAGUUCUGAUUUGGACGAUCCAAUCGACAGACAUUCCAAAUCCGAAGAGUUGAAGAGUACUAAAAAGAUAGAAUCGGACAAGGAGAAUCUGCAGAAGGAGAUAAUCGACGUAGAUAAGGAUUUUUUCGAAGAUUUAUUAAACAGAUCCAAAGAACGAACUGACGGUGGGAUAUCAGGUAGCUCAAGCUUCGGACAAGAGGAUUUUUCCCAUUUUUUAAAACUUUUGCAAGGUCAGACUGAUAAAAUAGAACAGGACUCAAAUGAGUUCAAUUCUGGAAACGCGUUUUUUUCCAAAUCAAUGAACGAAAGAGCAUCUAUCGUUGAAGGAGAAUCCGCGAACGAUAUGAGCCCCGAAUUUCCUGAGAAAGAAAUUUCCGAUAUAUUAGAGAAAGAACUACCGCAAACAGAUUCUAGAAUGGUCGAAGAAAAUCUUAAACAAUCUCAGAAUGUUAGUAGUAGCGAUAAAAAUGAAUUGAAAGAGCAGUUAUCUCUGAAACAAGUAAACGUAUCGAAGGAUGGUAGGAAAUUAGUUAAUACCAAGGAAGAGCUGUACACAGUUGGUCUAACGCCAAGAUUAGAAUUAUUUGCAGACGCAAUCCCGAAAUUAUUGGCUGAGAGGACAAUAGAGAAUGCAACGCAACAAAUCAAAGAAGCUUCAGAAAAUGUCAAAACGAACAUACGUAAAGCAACAUCCAGUUCCGAGAUUAAAAGUAGCAUCAAUGCAAAUACUCAACGUAGCAAUUUAGAACGAAAAUACAACUACGCAGCUAGCACUUCGGGUGCUAAACAACAGAAGAAAGAAACGAAGUUUUCCAAGUCUAAAAGUUACGAUCAGAUUUGCAAGCCACAUUUUAGAACUUCCGUAGAAAACGUAAGGGCAUCUAAAGCUUCAGAUACUGGAAAAAGAUCAACGAUAUUAAAGCCAAAGUUGCAGCCUACGAUCAAACCGAUUACAAAAAUCUCUCCUACGACCAGAUCAUCUCCGAAGCCAAAAAAGGAUAUUAAGACUGGUUCUACCCCUACUUUGUCUUCCACGUACAAAGGGUACAGAGUGAAGUCACCGGACAGCCAUGUAAAAUCCAUGAUGGCUGGUGGCGAUAACAAACAGAAUCUAACGAAGCAAAAUUGGGAAAUAUUAUGUCGUCAACAAAGACAUGAAAAUACUCUUUUGAAACAGCGGUUAGAAUCUGAGAUAAAAAUGUAUAAAAACCAAGUAGAUAACAUGCGGAUAUCUUUUGAGGAAGAAUUGUUCGCACUGAAGAAGCAGAACAUAAUUUUGAAGGCGAAGGUAGACGAGUAUUCGUUGAAUGAGAAACGUCCAGAGUCCCAACCUAAAAAGGACACGAAGCUUCUGCUUUUGGAGAAGGAGCUGGAGAAACAAGAGAACUUGAUUUGUGCUUACGAGACGGAGAACAAAAAGUUGCUGCAAGAUGCGAAACGUAUGCAAGAGGAAAUGAAGAAGCUGCAGAAGCAAAAGAGUACUGCGUUGGAAUCGAAUAAAAUGCAAGAGCUUGCGGAUAAAGUCAAGGAUCUCGAAGAAGAAGCUCUGAAACUUAAGUUAGAAGUUUCCCAGCUCAGAGAGAAGAAUGCUGAUUGUGCGCUGAAGAACGAAGACUUGUAUCAGCAGAAUGGUUUGUUGAACGAUGAAUUAAAUAUGUUCAAGGAUCAACUGAGAACGAAGAAUGACUUCAUCACUAAUCGAUUGCAAGCCAUGACUUCAGCGGAAUUGGAAUUGAAGAAACAAGUGGAGGAUCUGACCGUGAAAUUGAGUUCUAAGACCGAGCAGCUGCGAAUAGUGAAACUGGAGUUCGACAAACUUCAGCAAAAUGUGCUUCCGUUGGAGAAGGAAUUGCUGGAGCUUCGAGUCAAAGAAGGCGCACUCUAUGAUAAGCUACGGGUAGCUAAAAGCCACGUAGAACGUGAGAAACAGUUGACGCAGAAGCUUAAAGACCAAGUGAUUUUAGGCAGCAAGAAAAUCACUGAUUUGAACAGACAAGUGCGCGAAAUGGAAAGGAUACUCAAAAGAAAGAAUCCCGACUCUGUGUCUGCUCUUAUAUUGACUGCGAAUUCUGAGCAAGACAAAAUUGGCGCAGAGAAGCUCAGGUUGUUGGAGGAGCGAAUCGCAAGUCUAGAGAAUGAAAUUAAGGCGAAGGAUGAUUUAGCGCAGACGAAGUUAGAGGAAUUCCAGAAAAAGUUUGCUGAUAUGAAGGAGAAAUACAUUACUCAGAUAAUGGAGCUGGAGGAGAAACUGUUGGAAGUGAAUAUAAAGGAUCGCAAAGUGUGCAACGAUAUGUUCACUCAAACAUUGUCGAAACCUGUGGAGAACAAGAGCGUAGAGACUGUUAGGAAGGAAGAAAGAGCUGGAUCAUUCGAGAAAGAAAAACCGCUGAUUAAAGUUGGCGCAAAGACUCAGAGUUCCAAGGAAGACGCUCAUCUUUUGGCCACGAUAAGAGGAUUGAAAUUGGAAUUGACGAACAAGGAUAAAACUGUGUUAAAGAUUACCAAAGAGUUUCAGGAAUUGCAGAAAACGAAUAAAAGAUUACAGAAGGAGAGGGAGAAACUGUUGAACGACAGAAGGUCUAUCAAGACGAUAGAUUUUGAGAAGAAUCGAGGUAUGGUGUCCUCCGAUUCCAAGCUGCUGAGCUUGAGAUCUACGGAAGGGAACGAUCAGAAUUCAAACUUUUACCAGAACGGUCACAUGUCUGAUACGAACACACAGCGACUGUCUGCCUCUGUGCAAAAGCUGUACGACCCUUUACAGUAUACAGAAAAUGGGGACAAUAAUCUUGUGAAGAGAUUAACCGAUGAGAAUGAUAUUUUGAAGGAAGAAUUGAACAAGAUGAACAAGGACUUCAUGGCGUUGAAGAAUAAAAGGCUGCACGAUUUGAAUCUCUUGCAAGAGGAACACGAACGCGAGAUGGCCAGCUUGCUGAAGGAGUACAGUGUUAAACUCGGAGACUCUAAAGUGGUAAAGUUGCAGGGCCAGAUAAACACUCAGGUGGCUGUAAUAUCGCACUUGAAACAGCAAAUUGAGAAGUUAAGGGAUUACAAGGAGCAAGUGGUCGUUCUGAAGGUGGAACGUGAACAUUUGGAAAACAAAGUGAAAACGUUGAAUGAGAAAAUCAAAUACCUGUCGACUCCGAGCACGGAACAAUUACAGUUACUGCAGGACAAGAUCACGCUUCUUCAGCAACGACACGAAAGCCGGGAAAUGACACUGCAGUCCUUGGUGCGCGAUUUGCUUCGAAAUCGAACGCAGUGUAAAGACUGUAAAAACGAGAAGGGUAAAAAUCGACAGUUAUGCUACUUCCGGCAAGAGCUUGAUCAUAUUCUCGGGAUGCUUCAAGAGAUCGCCAAUGUUCACUGAUUCCGUGAACACACGGCAGACACAGGCGCGAAGUGGUGCUCGCGAAAUGUGAAGAAUGUCCACAGGGUGCAAUAGAGCGUCUCGAACGGGAGAACAUUCGAUUCGUUAUCGGGCAUUGUGAUAAUUCGUAUGAUCGAAUGUACCGGAGCGUCGCGUAAGUUUUCAUUAGGGGAAGUAACUGUUAGGCACACGUUAUACAUAUAAACGUUAUUCGAGCGCACAGCCGAAGAGCUUGGCCGAUGUCUUUUAUCGACACUUCUACAGAUGCCGAACGUUUAGCUGUUCGAGAUCGCUUUUACGACACUUUUAGACGUUAUCGCCAUACGAAAUGAACAAACCAGUGAAAUCAUAUCGAUCCUGAGAAAAAUCGCGUCUAACGAUCGACUGGGAUCACUGCCAAAGAUAUUAACGAUAUAUUUAAUAAAUGCCGGGGUUACCAUUUUAUCGUAACUUCCCGUCGACAUUCCUUCUUGCCAGUGUGCGCGCGAAGCGCAUAGUCUACGUCCAUAUUCGGUGUAAUAAGAAUGUAAUAAUCGACUAUCAAAUGGACAUAGAAAUAUUUUGAUCUAUAUUUACUGAAAGCAAACUUUUUAUUUAUCUAACGACGUAGAAUUAAUUAUUAAACCGGACUGCUUCCGAAUCGGAACUAGUUUUAGCAUCGUACUAAUCGUUGAGACGUCGUACACGUCGUACGAAUAUAGCGGAAGUGCCAUCAAAACGAGAUAUAUCUUCCAAAGUCGCGUAGAACUUAGUUUUUUACAUGAGGCUUUUCCAUAUCACGCUGUACAGAAGCGUUACCCAUGACUCAUCCCUCAAUAAUCGUAUUUAUUUCUUAUUUAUAUUCGCAUAAUCUUCGCCAUCAACGAAGCCAUUUAUAUAAUACUAUCGACUUGUCCAGUUGUAUCGUAUAUUCAUUACACUUUAGAGACACUCAUUAUGUCACGUUAUGUGUUAUCGGGGAGAGUUUGAAACUGCAUGCAACCACGAUAAACGAACCACGCCCAUAUCGCACAAAUCGAACGUGUUGUAAACGUAACUAUGUUGAAUGUACUCGUUACAGAGCGAUCGCAGUUAUAGAGCAGUUGUUUGCUUUCAGGUUGUAAUUAUUUUAAUCGAAUCAUUGUAAUCACACGAACGGAAAGUGUAGUUACCUCUUUAAGACUGGAUGUACGUCAAAAUCAUCACUCUCUUUUUUUUAUAAUUAAUUUUAAGCGGAGUCGUCGUAA